GAGGUGCCUGCCCGAAAAUAAGGUGGCAGCGGGGGGCAGGGGUCCGGAAGCGGAAUCGGUCGCGGCCCGUCACGGAAGCGGGCAGCGGAGGGGCGCCGCCGGGCUGGGGCGGCCAUGGCGAACCGGACGGUGAAGGACGCGCACAGCAUCCACGGCACCAACCCGCAGUACCUGGUGGAGAAGAUCAUCCGCACCCGCAUCUACGAGUCCAAGUACUGGAAGGAGGAGUGCUUCGGCCUCACGGCCGAGCUGGUGGUGGACAAGGCCAUGGAGCUGAAGUACGUGGGGGGCGUCUACGGCGGGAACAUCAAGCCCACGCCAUUCCUGUGCCUGACGCUGAAGAUGCUGCAGAUCCAGCCCGAAAAGGACAUCAUCGUGGAGUUCAUCAAAAACGAGGACUUUAAGUACGUCCGAAUGCUCGGUGCGCUGUACAUGAGGCUGACGGGCACAGCUAUUGACUGCUACAAGUAUCUUGAACCGCUCUACAAUGAUUAUCGAAAAAUAAAAAGUCAGAACAGAAAUGGGGAAUUUGAGUUGAUGCACGUGGAUGAAUUCAUUGAUGAACUACUCCAUGAGGAACGUGUGUGUGAUAUCAUUCUGCCUCGACUACAGAAACGAUAUGUUCUGGAAGAAGCUGAGCAACUCGAGCCUCGUGUUAGUGCUUUGGAAGAAGAUAUGGAUGAUGUAGAAUCUAGCGAGGAGGAAGAGGAGGAAGACGAAAAGUUGGAACGAGCACCUUCUCCUGACCACCGCAGAAGAGGCUACAGGGACCUUGAUAAACCUCGCAGGUCUCCAGCAGUGCGAUACAGGCGGAGCCGAAGCAGGUCUCCACGAAGGCGAAGCCGCUCUCCAAAGAGAAGAAGUCCAUCACCACGCCGGGAGAGGCAUCGCAGCAAAAGCCCUAGACGACACCGGAGCAGAUCCAGGGAGAGGCGCCACAGAUCAAGAUCUAAGUCUCCAGGGCACCACCGUAGUCACAGACACAGAAGUCAUUCCAAAUCCCCUGAAAGAUCUAAGAAAAGCCACAAGAAGAGUCGUCGAGGGAAUGAAUAAUGAUAACUCCAGCAGUUCGGGGAGCUGGAAGUGUGGUCUAAUACUGUCCUAUAUCUGCUUUGUGGGACAGCUGAGUAUGUACUGGCUGCUUUAGCAGCCCAUUUCCUUAGUCCAUCUUCUCUUGUGUAAGUGUUUUUGUUUCCUUGUUUUUUUAACUAAAAGAAAGCUAAAGAUCCUCUUUAGGUAGUUACUUUCUUAUUCUUGUGAUAGAAUUUGAGGAUUGUUUUUAAAGUGUUUUUCCUAAGGCCUGUAACAUCAGUGAAGAGCAAUAAUAAAAGGGGGGCUGUCUUUAAAGGAG